AUGGCAGCUCUUAAAGGAAUCCAUCUCACAACCCUCCUUCUCUCCCUCCUCUUAAUAUUUUGGCCCUCGGACUCGAAACACCACUACCACCACCACCAUGCCACCACUAAUGCCACCAGCAUGGCCAACCCGCGCCUGCGCCGAGCAUACAUAGCGCUCCAAGCAUGGAGGCUUCUCUUCUACUCGGACCCUUCUAACAUCACCUCCACAUGGUCCGGCCCCAAUGUAUGCAACUACACCGGCAUCUUUUGUGCCCCUGCACCUGACGAUCCCGACAUUUUAACGGUUGCCGGAAUUGAUCUCAACUUUGCCGACAUAGCUGGUGUCCUCUCCCCUCAUCUUGCUCUCCUCUCUGACUUGGCCCUCAUCCACCUCAACUCCAACCGCUUCGCCGGGCUUGUACCCCUCGAAUUCGGUCACCUCCCUCUCCUCUUCGAGCUUGACCUCAGCAACAAUCGUUUUGGUGGCCCGUUCCCCUCUCACCUCCUCAACCUCCCCUCUCUCAGAUAUCUCGACAUUCGUUUCAAUGAAUUUGAGGGAAUGCUUCCCCCUGCACUUCUCCAGACAAGGCUCGAUGCGAUUUUUGUCAACAACAACAGAUUUACCUCGGUGAUUCCUUCGAAUAUAGGUGCUUCUACGGCCUCAGUGAUUGUCUUUGCCAACAAUAACUUCGGCGGGUGCAUUCCAGAGAGCAUAAGCAAACUAGCAGAGAGUUUGGAGGAAUUGGUGCUCAUCAAUGCGAACCUGACUGGAUGCUUGCCGGAGGCGGUCGGUUGGCUGUAUAAGCUGAAAGUGUUGGAUGUGAGUUCGAACCGACUGGUGGGUCACCUCCCUUAUAGCAUUGCCGGGCUGGCCAAGCUGGAGCAGCUCAAUGUGGCACAUAACAUGUUGACCGGACCUCUGCUAGACGCGGUGUGCAUGUUGCCGGUGCUGGAGAACUUCACAGCUUCUGACAAUUACUUCUUCGAAGAGGCGAAUGUUUGUCAGAAUCUGACUUCAUUCAACGAUACUCAAAAUUGUUUGCCAGAGAGACCGAGACAGAGGAGGAAAAGCGAAUGCGAAGCAUUCGGUCGACACCCUGUCGAUUGCGUUGCGUUUCAUUGCGAAGGUGGCAACAAUGGGGCCUCCAUUGUUGCACCAGUAGGGUUUCCGGCGCUGGCUCCGUCGCCGGGCCAUGGCCUUUAGAUAAAUAUUUAGACAUGGCUUUUAAUGUACAGUGACUGCUGGCUCUCUCACCGGGCCAUGGACCUUAGAUAAAUAUUUAGACAUGGCUUUUGAUGUACAGCGACUGCUAUUUCCGAUAGCAUCUUGCCCUUACCCACUCUCACUCGACCUUCUCUUGGUACUAGACUUACAAUAAUGGAUAUGGCAUUAGACAAUUGUAAGGACAAGGGUUGAUGCACCUUAUUUAAAGUAAUAUGAAAAGCAACUAGGAGAGUAUUGUCGUAGAUCAAAUAAAAAGCAA